UUCGAGGUUUAACGUUUGGAGUCUAAUCUUAUCUAAUCACUCCAAUUGUCAAUUGGCCGAUCGACGCGUGAGUGCGACAGAGACACUGGGCAGAGUCAGUUGAUUGCUGAAGUGCCUCUUGGGACCACAUUCGCCCGCGCAAUACUUCAGUGGCCAGCCAGAGCGUGUGAAGGACAGUCUGAGCGCCGGAACCUUCGCGAGCAGUCGCGCGCAUCCUUGGACAGUUUCUGGACGGCGCACACGAGUUCCUCUGCAAUUGCCGCAGCUUCUCAGCAGGACUCUCUUGCCUGGAGUGAGAUCCUGCAUGAUUAUCAAUCAUUGAGAUAUUGUAGAAUUUCUGGGAAUAUCUUAAUCUCUCUGGGAGUCGCGGUUUUUUUUCAUGCGGUGAGAAGUUGGCGAUAAGGAUCGCUUCAAUGCUGGGCUGCAUGUUUCCACGACCCGCCGACAUGACCAAGACCACGUUCAACAAGAAAGAACUCAAGUCCUUCACGAAGAGCUUCGAGAAGGCCAUCAAGAUCCUGCUGCUGGGCACCGGCGAGUCCGGCAAGUCCACGAUCAUCAACCAGAUGAAGAUUCUGCACAUCAACAAGUUCACGGAGGCCGAGCGACUGGAGCGCGUGCCCGUGAUCCGGCAGAAUCUGCACGAGUCACUGCACGAGAUCGUGGCGAAUGUGGAGCGCCUCGGGCUGGCGUUCGACUGUCCGGCCAACCUGCGGAGCGCCCAAUUCGUGCUGACGCUCGGCAAGUCUCUGCCCGAGGGCUUCGAGCCGGAAGACGCUUAUGUGGAGCACAUCGAAAAUCUGUGGUACGAUCGCGGCGUUCAAGAGUGCUUUCGCCGCUCCAACGAGUACCAGCUGAACGAUAGUGCGAAGUACUUUAUCGACCGUGUGCAGAUUGUCUCCAAGGCAGACUACAUCCCGACCACCGAUGACAUUCUCCACAGUCGGAAAAUCACAACAACCAUCCAUGAGAUUAAGUUCAACGUGAAGAUACCGAAGAACAUGGGCGGCGGCUUGCAGGAGUUCCGCAUGAUCGACGUGGGUGGCCAGCGAGAUCAGCGCAACAAGUGGAUGUACGUGUUCGACGGUAUCGACGCGGUGCUCUUCCUCAUCUCGUGCGGCGACUUUGACCAGACGCUGCGCGAGGAUCCGCAGCAGAAUCGCCUCAGCGAAGCGCUGAAGCUCUUCCGCGGCGUCUGGCACAAUCGCUUCCUCGUAUCCGUGGGCAUUAUCUGCUUCAUGAACAAGCAGGAUAUCAUGGAGAGGAAGAUCAUGGAGGGCAAGUCCAUUGGACAGUACUUCCCGGACUACAACAGCUUCAGGGUGUCGGCAAAGGAUGGCAGCAUGUUUGACGAGUGCAACAAGACGCGAUGCUUCAUUCGACACAAACUGCUGGAAAUCACCAGCGAAACUCCUCGUCCGAUCAUGAACAAGGAGUGCGUGAGGAAAGAGUGCUAUUUCCACUUCACCAUCGCCACAGACACCAACAACAUCCGCAAAGUCUUCUACGACGUCCACAGUAUGAUUCUCAACGACAUUCUAUCUCGCAUCGGAUUGCUUUAGUUAUAUUCUGCAGUGACUAUCAUCAUUGUGCACUUGAUAAUAUAGGCCAUAAGAUACAUUAACUGUGAUUAAAGUCCCUCAGGGAGAGAGUUUUAGGAAGCAAAGAUGGUCUUUUGAUCGC